AUGCCGAGUUCAAGGGAUAGUGUUUGCCAAGCUGAUUCGUUAUAUGUCGAGCCCAUUCCCCACAAACUAAGAAUGUUUUCAAAAAUCUCUCUCUUUCAACAAAACUUUACGUCGGUCAUCUUCACCACCACCAUCUCCCCUCCUUCAUCAUUCUUUCAGUGGGGUUUCUUAUUUUACCUCUCUCGCUCAAGAAUUCUCCUUCGGAAUGAGACAGCAGCCCUUAUAGCAUGCUCAUGGCACUGCAGCGGAUGGGGUAUUGGUGGGGUAGGGAGUGUUGCUGCUGAAGUGCUUACAAGAUGUGGUAUAGGUCGUCUUUUGUUGCAUGAUUAUGAAACAGUGGAGUUAGCCAACAUAAAUAGGUUACUUUUCCUCCCUGAACAGGUUGGUAUUACUAAGACUGAUGUUGCUGUCCAAACUUUAUCAGAAAUAAAUCCGGAUGUGGUUCUUGAGGAAAUCAAUAACAAAUCAUAUCCAAAACUAUGGCGGCACGCAGUGGAUUAA